UCCAAAAAUGACGGAGUCGUCGCCUCCCGACUCACGUCUCCUCCUCAUGAAUCCAAUCGUGCCCGAAAUCCCAACUGACAUUGUCACCGACGAAGAAAUGGCUCUCCUCGAAGCCGCUCUGCUCUCCGCUCGCCCUCUCUUCCCUUCGUCAUUGAGAGGAGGAUCCAACCUCGGCAGGUCUCUCCACUCCAUCACCGUCCUUUCCAAGAGGGGCCUCUCGGGUUGCCCUGAACCCGAUAUCGAGGAUUCGGUCGGGUUUAAGAAGACGAAGAAGAAGACCCGGUUGGGUGAUUCGUUGUUUCACCGGUUCAGGAACAACAAGGGCUUCUCGGCCACCGACUUUACUGGCUCGGAAUGGUGUGAAAAACAAAAGGAGAAUCAACUCGAGAUUGGCACAAGAGAAAUCAGUAAGGCUAUGAAAACUGGUAUAGAGCGGCAUGCAAAACUCGAAGAAGAGGUUGUAACAAGAGUUAAAGUUGUUGUUAAUUCAGAAGAAGAUAAAUGGGCUCUGAAGCUUUUGAGUUUUAUUACUGGCAUAAAUCAAUUAUAUUUUGAUGGAUUGACUCGAGAGCUGCCUCUCAUAGGUUUUGCAGAAGGUAUAUGGAUGGUUGGGGUGAUUGAUGAGGUUCAAUUGCCUGCAAGAAAAACCCAGAGAAAUCCAAUAUUAGUUGACACAAAGACUCGUGUGAAAAAUGAACUUCCUUCUGAACCACAACGAAGGAAUGGCAGGCUUCAGUUGAUGUUCUACAAGACCUUGUGGGAUAAUUUAGUUACUUCUAGAUUUCCCUCCAACCAGUUCUAUGAUAAAUUUUCCUUAAAUCCUGACUGCGAAUUAUCUGAAGAAAUCAGGGAGUUCACAGCUAAGUCAGGGUGUCCAGCAACGACCCUUGAUGACGUAGUGAGAUGCUACAGAAAUGCCUGGAUCAUGCUACCCCCUGCGCAUGACCAACUUUUAUUGAGAUAUGAGUUACAAGAAGAUCAUUCACUCAUCGGUGAAGAUGAAUUCACAUACGAUGCUGAUUGGUUUAAGAAGAAACUUCAGGUUUCUCUUGAGUUCUGGCUAGGAGAGCGAGAAGCCAGUUACACUCCCGAGGAAGAGCGAUGGAAAUGCCUCUUCUGUCAAUUUGCUUCCACAUGUCCUGCAGCUCCUGCUAAAAGGCGGUAGCAAUCUGCCAGCUUAGAGAUAGGACUCGGCGAGUCCCAUUUGGUGUCAUUUCAAAUUAGUGUCCUAAAUAGCAGGUACAAAGAAGCAUCGAGUUUUAGAGUUGUUUCUUUAAGGAGAGGCUAUUGUGCCAUGAUUGUGUGAUUGUUGUUGUAUCGUAGGCAUCGUUGGAUUCCUAAUCCAAUUGCUUCAUUGAACUUGCAGUGUAAAUCCUCUUUAUCAAAAGAAGUAUGUUCAGUUGCUAAUAAGCUUAUAAUA